CAAGCCAAGAGGGGUGCAGUCCCACGCCCGUACCUCUGUCAGACGUGUACCUGGCUGGCCCAGCAGCGGCGUGUGCGUGCGUGCUGUGACUCUUCCUCACGCUUCCUUCGCUUCUCCUUCCAACACGUCUCCUUUCCUCCGACCAGCUAUGUCGAGCGGGCCAUGGGGGGCGGACUGAGCAGCACAGCAGAGGGCACGACAGUGCAGCUGGACUAUGCCCAGCGGGUCAUGGGGGGCGGGCUGAGCAGCACAGCAGAGUGCACGACGGUGCAGCUAGAGGGUAUACGCCCAGCGAGCCAACGGCGGCGGGCUGAGCAGCACAGCGGAGUGCACGACGGUCCAGCUGGAGUUCUGGGAAUUGACUACGCACAGCGGGCCAAUGGUGGCGGGCUGAGCAGCACAGCGGAGUGCACGACGGUCCAGUUGGAGUUCUGGGAGCUGAGUAGACUGACGGGGGAGAGGAAGUACGGAGCAGCAGCGAUGCAGGUGAUGGAGCACGUGCGGGGGCUGCAUCGACUGGAUGGAUUGGUGCCGAUAUACAUGGACCCCGACUCUGGUAGGUUCUCAGGUGAAAACAUCCGUCUGGGCUCAAGGGGAGACAGCUACUACGAGUAUCUCAUCAAGGCGUACCUGCAGCAGCGGGACCAAACCCCCGCGCUGCUGCAAGUGGUAACCACAAGCUUUCCAGCAAGCGGUGAUGGGCGAUCAAACGGCACCGAUGCAGCCGGUGCUGGUGCUGGUGCUGGUGCUGGUGCUGGUGCUGGUGCUGGUGCUGGCGGUGGUGACAAGAGCAGGGAAGGAGUAGGAGCAAGAGAAGGAGUAGGAGCGGGAGGAGGAGAUGGAGCAGGAGCAGCAGGAGGGAAGAGGGGCGCGCAUGUGGAGUAUCUGGCGGAGAUGUUUGACGAGGCGGUGGCGGGCAUGCGCAAGUGGCUGGUGGCGCGCAGCCACCCCAAGGGCCUCACCUUCAUUGCUGAGCGGCCGUCAGGGCUGACAGGGGAGAUGCACCCCAAGAUGGACCACCUGGUGUGCUUCCUGCCAGGAUCUCUAGCCCUGAGAGCGACUGAGGGGCUGACAGAGGCAGAGGCAGCAGCAAAGGGCGUGCUGACACAGCAGGGGAGGGAGCUGCUGGACUUGGCAAGGAACGUGACGGAGGCGUGCAUUCAGAUGUAUCAAGUGACAGCCACUGGGCUGGCGCCUGAGAUAGCCUACUUCAACAUGCGCGACGAUUCUCAGGAGUACAUGGGGACAAGGCACGACGCCGAGUAUGGGAGGGACAUUCAGAUCCACCAGGCGGACCGGCACAACCUGCUGCGACCCGAAACGGUGGAGGCGCUGCUUUAUAUGCACCGGGUUACUGGGAACACACGGUAUCGCGAGGCGGGGUGGAAGAUGUUCCAAGCAUUUGAACAACAUACGCGUGUGGCAUCAGGCGGAUACACUUCACUCGACGAUGUCUCUCGGGUGCCCCCUCCAAAGCGUAACAAGAUGGAAACGUUCUUCCUCGGGGAAACCCUCAAGUACUUCUACCUCCUCUUUGGGGAGAAGGACGUUCUUCCAUUUGACAAAUACAGCUGGAAUGCCCCUGCAUCCCGCCUGUUGCUCACAGAUUCUGUGAGCUGCAGCCUUCCUGGAACCUUCCACGUGAGUCUGCCUCGUGUCUCCAUCACUCGAGCAUCUCUCGCUCAGUCUGUCUCCUCUCAAGGAGAACCCAGCCCAGCAGCAGGAGCUGCAGGGGAAGGUGCAACUCCUGCAGCAGCAGCAGAAGAGAACUUGGCCGAUGAGAAAGGGGGAACAUAUGAAGCAACUAUCAGUGUGGCUAGUGAUGCGAGGAGAGCCAGAGCACCGCAUGAAGAGGAGGUAUUGCAGCAGCAGCAGCAUCCUCGGCUGAUAUCCCAGCAGCAAAUGUCAAUGCAGCAGCAGGAUCAGGAGCAGGAGCAGGAGCAGGUUGAGGAGCAUCAGGAGCACAAGUCAAUGGCAGAAGUACCCUGGUGGUUAUCCGCUGAUGCUCAUGUGGUCGCACAGGGCCCUGUCAAAGGCUGGGUCAGCCUGCCGUCCUCGUUAGUAUCUGGCUCGUUAAGAGGCAUUUCGAGGCUGAUCAAGGAUGCUGAAAGUAGUCAGCGGCAGCAGCAGGGGGCGGUAGGGCAUGGGCGGCAUGGGUUGGCAGGUAGUGGUGGAGGUUUGAAGCGGAGGGAUGCGGGGAAGAGUGGGAGAGGGAACGAGAGCGCGUGGACAGGAGUGGAGUGUUCAGGAGGGUUUGAGUGGAAUGUGCCACGUGGAGAAAUCUCAUUGGUUGGGCCGAUCUCAGCAUCAUGCCCGAGUAUGGACGGGCAGGUGGAUCGGCAGAAGAUUCUCAACUGGGUGCAUUCCCUGAAGGUCCUGGACCCUGAACAGCUCCAGGCGAAGAAGAUUGGUGGUAUCCCUGUAACUCGUUCUACCGCCACUCCCCCUCCAAUCGCCGAAGCCACUGCUUCCAUCUCAACGUUAUCCGUGCAAGCUGGUGCUGACGUGGCUUCAGGAGACAGCGGCAGCGGCGGCGCCAGCAUGGCACACAAUGCUGUUGCUUUGUGUGAAGCAACACGGGAACGAGAAACCUCAGCAUUGUGUGCCAGCAGCAGCUAUGGUCCUUUGGGCCUUGGUGCAGACGUGCUAGGGUUUCGAGGUUCACCUUCCAUUGGUGUGGAGUACAGCACUCGAGGGGCGCCCAAGCAGCCCCCCAACGACUGCAGCCACAUCGCAAUGACCUACACUGCCCUCGCCAUCCUCGCCACCCUGAAUGAUGAGCCUGCGCCCAAGCAGUCGCCCUACGACUGCAGCCACAUCGCGAUGACCUACACUGCCCUCGCCAUCCUCGCCACCCUAAAUGAUGAGCCUGUUCCCAGUCUUCCUGUCGGUGACGUUUGCAAUGCCGGUUCCAGUGGUGGCUCCAACGCCAGUUGCACUGCUGAUUGCAGUGUCAGCUGCAAGGAAAAUUCAGUGGUAGGGUGCUGUGAGGGGGAAAGGGCAGGGUGUGCAGGCGAGGAGGCGAAAGAGAGGGGCAGCGAGGGGCCGGGUGCGAGGUGUGGGGAUGGGGUGGAUGCAGCAGUGUGUGGGACAGCAGGGGAGCGAGGGGGCAUGGCAGGGGAGGUGCGAGGCAUGGCAAAGUCGCUGCUAGAGCUGCAGCUGCAAGACGGGAGUUUCAUGCCUGUUGCUUGCGGGAGCGAGUCCGAUAUGCGCUUCGUCUUCUGCGCUGCGGCCAUUUCGAGCAUGAUAGGAGAUUGGCGGGGAGUGAGCGUCCCCCGUGCCAUUGACUACAUUCAGAGGUCACAGUCAUUUGAUGGCGGGUUUGGCCUCGGCCCGGGCUGCGAAGCACAUGGAGGAGCGACCUACUGUGCCGUGGCAGCGCUGCAGCUCAUUGCAUCUUCCACAUCAUCACUAUUGCUGUCAUCAGCAGCAGCAGCAGCAGCAGCUUCAUCAGCAGGAGCAACAGAAGCAGUGUCAUCACCAUUACCACCAUCAGCAUCAGCAGUUUCGUCAUUAGGAGCAUCAGGAGCAGCUUCAGCAGCAUCAGCAUCAUCGCUAUCACAGCUGCCGCUGCCGCUGUCGCCACUGCUGCAAUUGCUAUCAGCACCAGCAGCACGCUCACGCAAUGAGUCAGCCGUAACAGCAGGUGCACGAGAGGAGUCAGCAGCAGCAGCAGCAGCAGCAGCAGCAGCAGCAGACGUGCCCGCAGCAGAAGAGCAGACACGCAUCUCCCAUGUACUCUCUGCUGACGUUCUUCCGCUGAUGGAUUGGUGCCUUCAGAGGCAAGGACCGGAGGGGGGGUUUCAGGGCCGGCGCAACAAGCCAGCCGACACGUGCUAUGCCUUCUGGGUAAGCGGCACACUGAGGAUGCUGGGAGCAGACCACCUCAUUGACUUCCCAGCCCUCCGAAACUUCCUUUUUACCUGCCAGAACACCAGGUACGGAGGGUUCAGCAAGCACCCAGGGGGAUUCCCGGACAUCCUGCACUCUUUCUACGGGGUCUGUGGGUUCUGCCUUGCUGGGGAGCCGGGCCUGCUUCCCCUGCAUGUGCCUCUGGGUAUAUCCAAACAAGCAGCUGCAUGCUUCAACCAGAGAUAG